AUACAAUUUUGAGACUCUAAAAAGGAAAUAUUCAAUCUAUAAAAAAUUCUACCAUCAUAAAUUAAGCCAUUAAGUUACUGUGUUACUGUGUACGUUACAAAAAUGAGUGCAGCAGAAGGAAAAUUAAAAGCACUGUUAAGUUUUAAACUUGAGCUCGAACCGUCAAUGGCAACAGCAUCGCAUACAAACACUAACGAUAUGUUUACUAAAUUUUUCUUAGAACAGUUCAAUACUACGACUAAUAGUGAUUGCACCUUAAAAGAUUUUGCUACAUAUUUUAUAAAUGCAAUACAUCAACGAAUUGAAUCACAUUUUCAACACAAAAACGAUAUGGAUUUAUCAAAUUAUCAAACACCGAAGAGAAAACCAAAAACUGAUCAACAUUCUGUUACACCAAAGUGCCUACUCUUUAAUCAAAAUCAAAGUACACCUUUAGCGAAUAGAAAAGGAACAUCCGCUAAAAGAAUUCAAUAUGAUGCAACCCCAUCUUCACCUCAAUUGUCUCUGAAUAGCACAGCACAAGAUCAGAGUUUUGUAAAAUCUAUUCAUACCUCCACACCUGUACGAUAUGGUACGCCACAAACUCCACAAUCGCAAUUAAAACGCUCCAAUAAUAGUUUGACAACUAGUGAAAAACGUAAUCAUAACUCAUCAUCUAGUUUGUGCCUAGGUGACUUUCUAACAAUCAACACAUCCAGCAAUUCUCGUCAAAGAAAAAAACAACAGCACUCAUCACAGCACAAUACAACAGAAACUCCUAAUACUAAGCCAAAAAAGCGUGUAGUCCCAACUACAAUUUUAUCUCGAAAUUCAUCUGGACAAACUGGUACGCCUUUUGGCAUAACGAAUAGUUCGUUCAGUGAUGAGAAUAACAUGCUUAAGAUGCGAGUUUUGGAAGUAGAUGAUAGAAGUAAAUGUUCAAUUCUUGAAGCUAGAAGAUCUUUAAAGCUAGGUAGUAAUAUUCCAAAUGAACUGAGAGCAAGUGAAAUAGAUGAAAUCAAAUGUCAGUCUGCUGGUGAUUUAAAUUUCUACUCGUGUGUAGAAACAAAACUGAAAGAUGUCACUGAAAUUGACGAAGUCUCAAUUAACGCCGAAGUGCUUUCACCAAUACAUUUAGAAAAAGUGACCGACCGAGGUUUAUUAGAACGGUUAGGAGUUAUUUAUAGUUUAUUGAUUGAACUUAAUUAUGUCACCAAUGUUUUAAGUGAGAUUACCUUGUUACUUAAUUUGCUUAACAGCAAUGAAAGUGCAGAAGCUACCAUUGAUGCACACAUACAAAAAUUAGAAAUAAAAGAUGACACACUGAAUUUAGAAAUUUUACGAAAUUUUACUAAUUCAAUUUAUUUUGCACUUUACGUGCUCAAUAUGCAACGGCCAAUACUGGGAUUAUUGGAUAUAAAAAGCUUGGGCGUCAUACUUAGUACCGAACGUAUUAUAAGUUUAGCCGACGACCUUCAACUAUAUCUCAGCAAUGUCUAUGCUGAAAAGCAGCAUUUAGAUGCCAUAAAAGCAGCUGAAUUGACUACUUCAGUGAACGCAGAUAAGUCCUUUAAAUUGGUACAUUAUCAAGCCAAUAAAGAUUCAAGACAAAACUUCAGCUCAAACGAUGAUUUCGGUGCAUUUAAAUCGCAACGUGAUUUAUUUUGCAAGAUACUUAAAAUUUGGGAGGAAAAUCACUUAAAACCAACCUGGAACUUAUCGACCGGAAUUUCUCAUAGUGUGCACGAAAUAUUUAGGCUUUCUGAAAGCGUUGUAAAUAUAAUGCAUUUUGCUAAACUUUUUGUAGAUCAAUUACUUAAAACGUCUACAGAUUCAACAACACCUGAAGAAGUCGGGCUUGACAAAAAUCUUGAUAAAUACAGCAAAUUAACACAACGUUUAACCGCUCCUAGCAAUUUCAGUGCUGAGUAUCAAUUCCCACGCCAUCAAGCAUUUUUCCGCGAUUUUAUAAUUGAAUCACGUUCAAUACCAUUCACUGAACAAUUAAAAAUAACUCUCUUCUCCGAACUAACUUCUUUAAAUAACUCAACAUUUGAGCAUAUAAACUUAAAAGAUCUAGAUAACGAUAUAGAUGCUGACACGUCGACAGAUCACAAUACACCUAAUGAAUAUGUAGUGCACCCAGAUGUACUAGCCUCCAUGUUAACAUUGGCGAAAUUCUUAGGAUUUGUAACAGCAUUACCGUAUUCAGCUCAGCCGACGUGUUUGUCAACUAAUAUCGAGAAGAAGCAGAUAAUGUUACGCAGUCUAUUUCAGCCAGAUUUUGAUGUUUGUCGCAUUCUGCGCAAUGCCAUAAAUAGUGGUAAGUUACUAAUCACUAUACCGUGGCUUGUGCAGUACAUGGCCAUGCUGGAUAAUAUAACACUGCAGUUAGACAAUAACGUCGCAGUUGCUAAAGAAAUGUUCAAUUUGUACAUGCAGUUAGGAAAUAAAAAUUGCGGUUUAAGGGCCACAGCAUCGUUCAUACUACGUUGUUGUCUCGGUUGGUUAUUUGAAACCAAAUCAAUAAUUGGGGAUCAGUUGCACCAAUAUAAAAUUAGAAAUCCCUGGAAUGUACCAUGUAACCCACAUCCAUAUGCUAAGCUAAAAGAAAUAAAUUUAUUAAUAUCAAACGAUUUAAUCACGUUAUUACCAAGUGAUCAACAGGCCUUUUACAUUUCAAGUGUAGACAAUAUUGAUGACAGUAGGUUCACGAUUGUUUUGCAACGUCAACAAUUAUCACAGUCAACAGUCAAAAGUAGCGCUAUGGAGCCUUAUGAAACUACAAAGCUUGAACUAAGUCCAAUGCUUGAAUCAAUUUUAACUGUAGCCUGUCCAUUUUUAGCAGAAUUUCGCCUUUCAAUAAUGCCAGCAAAAUUCACAAUGGCCAAAUAUGUAUCUCGUACGGGACGCUAUCGUCAUAUAACCACUCGCAUAGCUGAAAUAACUACACAAAAUGCAGUUAUGAUGCAAAAUAAAACUUCAACCAUCCAAGAACAUAACACAAAUAAUUACCAGAACAAGUUAGUGGAAGCAUUUCUUCAUGCACAGAACUCUUCAAUGUGCCGACUUAUAGAAUUUCUCACUGAACGGACGUUCAAAUCUACUGUUAAGGAUGCGCAGUACAAAAUACUACUUCCCUCGAAAUGUAACGCCGAUAAAAAAGUGAAUGAAAUUACCUCAACUGAUUUCGAAACCGUGUCGAACUAUGUGCGCGAUAUUUACCUAACUGCUAAAAAAGAUGCAAUCAAAGAAUGGCAAGCACAGGUGCCGAAAUGGCUGCAGCAACGCAUCAAGGACUCAUUAGACUCACUACUGCCUAUUGAGACACGAAUAAUUGUUAAAGAUACCUAUGCAUAUAUAAUACGUCGUGGAGCUGGGCAAAAACUGCGGCAGUGGCUUGUUAGUAAUUUUUUAACGGCAAAUUUUUACUGCGAUGAUUUAAAGGACAUGACACAAAAAAUAUGUAAAGCGAAUGAACGAAGAAAGCAAGAUCAGAAAGUCUCAGGUAAUCUGAAUUCCGAACUAAAUCUUAUCGAUAUAAAUCCAAGCGUUUCUGAUGUGAUAGAUAAGCUGCAGUACUUGUUGCAUUGCAGUUCUUUACGGCUGGAACUCAUGCCUAAAGCUGAAACAAUACUGAAAUUUUUACAGCAAUUGCCAUUAGUAUUCAAAAACAUUUUGCCUUUAUCAUUUUAUAUAGUAAUUGGAUCAAAUAUCGUUCGAUUACUUCAAAACAUAAUAACACAUAAGCCUGAUUAUCUGACUGCAGACAUUAUUAAUGCAGCAUGUAGCAUUUGGUUAGCACAACCCAUGAUAGAUGCAAAUCGUAACUCGACACAAUUUUCUAACAAAGCUGGACCUGGACUUCAAGAUUCUGCAACAGAUCAUAACGAUUUGCAUACCGAUUUGACAAAAGCACUCAGAGAAGAGAUACCCAGCAUAUUUGAUGGACUUAUAACGGUGCCGUUCGUUGAGGCGCUUAAAUCUCAUUAUCAGUACGAAAAAUUAAAAGAUUUGUGUAUUGAAAUGAUUUACCAACAAUUAAUUACUGUCGAUUACUUAAAUGUGCAAAUUCUUAAAAUAUUUAAAUAUGAUAUGAAUUCAAAAAUUCUGAAUGAAAUUUCGCUCAUGCUGGCAGCUGUUGCUCAAGAUACAGCUUCAAAUGGUAAAAAUACCUAUAAUGAUUAUGACAAUGAUAAUGACUUGGAUAAGUCACAGUUAUUUAUGGAAGUUCUUGCUGAGUUCUCCAGAGACAUCGAUAAUUUUUAAGUUACUUAAUAGUUAUACCCAACUAUACACUUUUGAAUG